GGUAUUAAUGCAAUGAGCCUCGUUGUGGACGUAAAAUGGCGACGGUCUGUCGGAAGUUCUCUUUGUUUUGUUUUUAAAUUGAUUUUCGGGUAGUGUGUGUCAUUGUUUUAUCAAGAGAUUUUAUACUUGGUUUUAAUAAGAUAAAUUGUCUGCCCAGUUUUGCCACAGAAACAUCAUCUUUAUUUAUGGAAAUUUACAGCCAGAGAAAAAAAUGUCGCCAAAGAAAGGAAAUUGACUGUGGCAUCUCCAGCAGUGUAAAGGACAUGGUUCACCGAUAAAAGUAUUUUGAAAAAGGAUAUAAUUUAUAUAAGUUGUGCUAAAGAAAUUUUUUUCGAGGAUUUUUACUUGAUCAAAGAAUAUUGCCCAGGAAUGUGAAGAAAAAAGGAACAGGAGUGUUUUGCUGACUUUGUAUAGUUUAUUACAUUUGAUUAGCCAUAUCACUUGGAAGUUUUAUUAUCCUCAUACAUGUAGAUGGGAAUAAAUCAGAAAUGGAAUGGCAUAAAUAAUUCAUGGAUAUAACAGAAAAAAUCAGCAAUUUCCUGUUUGUGGUACUCAUAUUGAUAUUGUAGGAGGAAAUAUUUUAGAUAGUGAUGUAUGAUCCGUCACUGUAGCAGAUAUCACACACACAUAUUGGAUAUAUUUGGUAUAUAGACAUAUUUAAGCAAAGUGAUGUAAAGUAAAAAGUCUCAUCUUUUACUUGUAUAGUGAGGCAUCAGUCACAGUGUGUCUAUGGUUUGGAAUUUCUGUUGUCAAUGAGUGUCAUUUAGUUGGAUGAAUUAUUUUGAGGAUUUGAGAGGAAUGUUACAUGUUUUCUAACACUAUAUUUACAUUGAUCUCACAGUUGUCAUUAUGGGAAAGAAGUUAAAGGAAGAAAAUGGACCUAAGUGUAAGAAAAAGGUACCAAGUGGUUUACUGCUGAAAGUUUGCUGUCUCUACCAGAUCAUCUCUCUCACAUCAGGUGCUAAUGUUCCAACAUUUACAAAUUUCUACUUUUCUACGGAGCCGAGAGAUGUGACAGGCUAUAAAGGGAAGUCACUAGAGUUACCUUGUUCCGUAGUUCAUGCUGACCGUGGCAAGCCGGCAAUCAACUGGUACAAAGAUGAUCAUGUCAUUGAUUUCAGUACAGAAAGAAGAUAUAGAGUGGCAGACAAUGGUUCCCUGCUCAUAUCAGAUAUCACAGACAGGAAGUCCAAUACAGAUACAGGAAGUUAUCAGUGUGCUGCCACUUGGGAAGGGCAGACCAUCCUUUCUAAGAAAUGUACUGUACAGAUAGCAGGAAUAGAAAGAAAUUUUGACAUAGAGCCAGAAGAUGCUGAAGUCUACCUCACGGAUACUGCAAUGUUUCAAUGUGCCAUUCAUUCAGUUCCUCAUGCAAAUAUCACAUGGUUUAAAGAUGAUACUUUAGUUACAGAUCGGACUAACAAGUUUAGAACUUACCCCGAAGGGGUGUUAGAAAUAUUUAAUGUUGAGUUUAGUGAUUUGGGAACGUACCAUUGUUCGGCUGAAGGCGUAGAUAGAACACGGCGAAGUAGGGAUGCUAAACUCUCCCAGAAGAAAGCAGAAAUAGAAAACGAGUUUCAGGGCGUGGAGCCAGCUUUCACAUUGAAACCUCGAGACACAUCAGCAACGAUGGGGUCAAAGGUCAUCUUAUUUUGUGGUGCAUUUGGACUGGGCUCAGAUAUGGGAAGACCUAGAAUCACAUGCAUCUGUAAGUAUAUGAAGAACAAUAGAUCUGUAAGUAUUGAUGGAAGAACAAUAGAUCUGAACAAAGAUGGUAGAGUCACAAUGAUAGGAGGAGGGAAUCUACAGAUACUGGAUGUAAGGCUGGGGACAUCAAGCAAUCCCGACAGUGAUGAUGCCACGUACAUGUGUAGAGCAGAGAAUGAUGUAGAUUCCGUGGAUGCCGAGGCCAGACUUACAGUAUUAGUUCCACCUUCAUUUAUACAUCAACCUCAGAACCUGUUUGCCAACGAGAAGUCAGAUGCUAGUAUUCCAUGCCAGGCUAGUGGCCAUCCUGAGCCAGAAAUCACUUGGUUCAAAAAUGGUGAACCUAUAGUUCCGGAUGACUAUUUCAAAAUAUCCGGCAUUAAGAACCUGAGCAUUCUGGGACUGAUCAUGUCCGAUACUGGAUUCUAUCAAUGCUUUGCAGAGAAUUCUGUAGGCAGCCUUCAAGCCACAAUACAACUAAAAGUCAUCCAACAAAACUCACAGUUACCCAUCAAUCCAUCAACACCUUCUAUAUAUUAUCAUGUACAUCGCUCCGGGGCAUAUAGUGCCAACUCACCAGAAGAUGUCCCCUCUCAGCCAGCCAAACCAAGGGCAGCCAUUGUGUCCACUCGCUUUGUCACAAUCACCUGGGGUGUGCCAGAACGUAUUGGACAAUCAGAGAUCAUUGCCUACACUGUCAGGUGGCAGGAAAUUGGCUCGGCAAGGGAGAGGAUAUUGAACACAAGUUUACAAGAAGCCAACAUUAUGCAUCUUAAACCUAACACAGAGUACCAGUUCUGGGUGGCAGCUUAUAACAGAUAUGGUGCCUCCAUUGUGCCAGCUCAACUCAAGAUCAAAACUCAGGAAGAAGAUGAUGUCCCUAGUGAGCCCCAGAAUAUAGUUGCAAAUCCGCUGUCGCCAACCAGUAUAGAGGUGAGCUGGGAUCCUCCAGCACAGACAAAGGGGGCACUGACAGAGUAUGACCUGUUUUACUAUGUAAACGGAGCUGUGGAGGAGGAUGAGGUACAGAUUGAAAAAUCCAGGACAAGCUAUAGACUGACUGGACUGGAGGAGUACCAGGAGUACAGUUUCCGUAUUGUUGCAAACAAUGCUAACGGAGCCGGGGUAUCUACAGAAGAAGUUGUUGCAAGAACGUUCUCAGACGCUCCCUCUGAUGUACCACAGAACUUCACCCUCGAAACAGCAAGCUCAACUAGUAUAGUGGUGAGGUGGCAGCCACCAAAACCAGAGCACCAGAAUGGUAAAAUAACAGGAUACAAAAUACGAUAUAAGAAAAAAGGGGCAAAAAAAGGUUUGACAGUGACAACAGCAGGGGAUCGGGACCUGUAUGCACUGACUGACCUAAAGAAAGAUACAAUUUACCAAGUGCGGAUCUCUGCCCAGACUGUCAAUGGAAGUGGUCCACCUACAGACUGGCUGUUUGGAAAAACCUAUGCUGAUGAUUUAGAUGAGUCUCAUGUUCCGGAUAUGCCAGAUCGUCUUGUUGUACGUCCAAUGACAAACUCCCUAAUGGUACAGUGGGUACCAAAUCGACGUUCUAAAUAUUUGGUACGAGGGUACUACCUAGGGUACGGCAAGGGAAUACCAGAUGUUUACAGGCAGCUUUUUGAUGCCAACACCUUCUUCUAUACAAUAGAUAACCUACAACCAGCCUCAGAGUAUGUAGUUUCUAUCCGAGCUUUCAACAACAUGGGAGAGGGCCAGCCCAGAUAUGAGACUGUUUUUACCCUUGAAGAAACAGCGGAGGAGCCUGUGACCCCAAUGUUACCCCCUAUAGGACUGAAAGCCUUGGUGUUAUCACCACAUACAAUAGUGUUGACAUGGACAGAUAACUCUCUAGGCAAGAUACAGAGAAUCACUGAUAACAGAUAUUAUACAAUCAGAUUAACAUCAAUACCUGGUCGUGGGAAGUACAAGUAUGUAAACAGUACAGAGCUUGUCAAACACAUAGACGAUCUUAAACCAGAUACAUUGUAUGAGUUCAGUGUACGUGUCUUCAAAGGGCGUAGGAAGAGUACAUGGUCUAUGGCUGUCUCCAAUAGAACACAAGAAGCUGCACCUGGAUCUAUUCCCCGAGAUCUGACAGCUAUACCUGAAGAAGGGGAUUCCCUCUCAGUGACCCUAACAUGGCAGCCCCCACAGAAACCUAACGGACAGAUUACAGGUUACCUUGUGUUUUACACAACUGACCCGACGAAGGAUGACCUUGACUGGGUGGUGGAAGGUGUUCUAGGAGAAAAACUUUCCAUGACAAUCACUGAUCUAACUGCUGAUACGGUCUACUAUUUCAAAGUGCAGGCAAGAAAUAGUAAAGGCUAUGGACCCAUGUCUCCUACCAAGAUAUACAGAACUCCAAAAAUAGGUACAAGCACGUUCCCGAAGAGGCCAUUAAAACCACAGGACCCUGUCAGUUCUGGAGCACAAGAAGAAAAGGAACAGGAGAAGACAGAGAAAGGCCUGUCACAGAAUUUAAUGAUCAUUAUAAUAGCGUGUGUUGUUGGGGCAACAUGUUGUAUAGUGGUUGCUGUGGUUACAGUGUUUGUAUGUAGGAAGAGAGAUAUAGCAGAGAGGAACAGACGCAUGGCAAGCAUGUACAAGGGAUCUCCACAGAAAGGAAAAAAUGUUCCGAAUAAAGGUCCAGGUAGAGGUGAAGGUCAGCCACCAGACUUAUGGAUAGAUCAUGAUCAUUUAGAACUGAAACAGAUGGGGCGGGACGAGAGGGCGGAGUCAUCUAUAUCUGUACCGUCAACACGUAGAAACUCAUUGAGCAGCGUACAUACAAAUAAUCAGGCGGAGGUUUACCAGUCUGGUAGUGAAGCUGAAGAAAGGUUACUACCUCCAAGCUAUCAUCAACUCACCAAUUCUCAACAACGAAAUAUCAUACGGCCUAAACCAUUAAAGCUUCCAGUCGACGCCCAGUCUCAUCAGAGAGAACCUGUAGUUGCAGUAUCAGCAUACCCCAAUGGGAACAUUAUGUCACGGUACACUCCCAAUGUGGCUAACCGUCCACCAAGCCCUUCAGAGGACUCUGGUGUGAUCCCUAUGCGACCAGUGUACCCUAGAACACAGUACCAGAUGCAGUACGCAGCACAGGGGCCACCAAGGGUCAAUGCAGGGGAUAUCUCAAAUACAUCGGCGCAUGGUUACCCUGUCGAGUAUGGCUAUCGACUGGUACCCUGCACAGAGGAAGAUGAACAUUGUCAUCCUGAAGUGUUUGAUGACCAGUACAUGAACAGAGUUGGCUAUGGUGGAUUUAGCACGCCUUCUCAUCAUGGUUCUCUCACCCGUCGCCAUAAACCCCGUACCCCAAUGACUGGCAUAGCUACCCCAGUGAAACAUAUGUCCUCUACAGACAUAUCUAAUUCCCAACAUCAUUCUGGUACAUUUGGUCGCUCUGGUUCCCCUCUUCGCAGCUUUAGUGUUCCAGAACCCCCAGGGUCCAGCAAAACUAGCACUCCUAAGCAUAUAGUGAAGCCUCAGCAGACAGCGGUGCCGUUUAAAAAAGCUGCUCCAAUAUCUAGUGGUCCCAUAAAGCCACGGGCCAUGAUGGCUCCUAUGGUGUCUCCAAAGUCGGCACCAGAUGUACUACAGACCAGUAAGGAGGAGAAAGACAUUGAGAAAUCAGUAAGCACAGAAGAACUGACAGCUGAAAUGGCGAACUUGGAGGGACUAAUGAAGGACUUAAAUGCUAUUACACAACAAGAUUUUGAAUGCUAGCAUUUACAGCUGGCUAUCAAACAUUCAACAUGUUAUAUAGAAUGAAUUGAACAAAACAAUUUGUUUUAUAGAAAUCUCCUACAAAUUAGUGCUAAGUAGGGCAGAAAAUUAUUAACUUUUAUAUUGAAUAUUCUUAGUGAGGUAUGGGAAAAGGAAAACUUAUUAUUAAAUAUUCUCGGUGAAGUACUGGAGAAGGGAAACUUGAAUAUUCUUGGUUAGGUUCUGGAACAAGGAAACUUAAUAUUUAAUAUUCUUUGUGAGAUACUGAAGAAUGGGAACUUUAUAUUUAUUAUUUUUGGUGUGGUACAAAAUUUUGUAUUGAAUAUUCAUGGUGAGGCACUGAAGAAUGGAAACUUUAUGAUGAGGCACUGAAGAAAAAUAUCCUUGGUGAGGUACUGAAUAAUGGAAACUUUAUAUUGAAUAUUCUUGGUUAGCUACUGAAGAAGGGACACAAUAACAGUUAAAGAUACUGCUUCUACAGUAGAACACUGUGUAUUUAUAUUUGACAAAAUAGUCAUGUGUUUGUAGAUUUGAAAGAAGGAAUAUGAAAGUCAUAUCUCUGUAUAAUGUUUGAAACUUGUCAAAAUAUGAUAUGUGACAAUUUAGGACUUGUUUUAAAUGAGGGGCAUUGUGUCAGUGUGGAAUGAAGAGAAUGACAGGGAGAUUAUUAAGUGUCUUAGAUGUAAGGAAGGCAGGAUCUCAGUUAAUUGUUUGAAGAAAACUGGAGGACAGAAGGACAGUGAAUAAUGAUAACCUUAACCAUUAAUCACCAACCAAGAAAGGAUACAACUAAUCACAUAUGAGCCAAGAUACAACUAACCACAGAAGGAGGAUACAACAAACCACAGAUGAAGCAAGAUACAACUAACCACAGAUGAAAAAGAUAAAACCACAGAUAAGCCAAAUGAUGAUGCAGUUAACACCAGAUGAACUUGGGCGAGAUACAACUGACCACAGAUGAUUGAAAGACUGGAGCUGAAAGUCAUUUAGGCGUAUUGUUUGUUAUAUCAUUUUGGACCAAUGCAUCAAAAUUAAUUCAGGUUUUGACUGAAAUAGUAAAUUUUGAUUUACUUUUCAUAGAGACUUGUCAGAACUAAUUCUGCCAAAGGAACUCUGUUUGUAGAAUAUUUUCUGUAUAGAAUUUGUUGUUUAAUUUAUGAGGAACUCUGUGAAACAUUUUCUUUAUCAAAAGGGUUGUGUAAUUAUACCCCCACCAAACAUGUUUGAGGGGGGUAUAUAGGAGUCAGUUUUGUCGCGUCCCGUCCCGUCGCGUCCCGAAAUCUAUUAUCUCAGUUAUUACCAAAUAGAUUUGAUUCAAACUUAAAAUACAUGUUCCACCUUAUCACCCACAUCAUGUGACACAAGGUGCAUAACUCUUGACACCAAGUUUUCAUGAAUUAUGUCCCCUUUUACUUAGAAUUUAAGGUUAAUUUUGUUGUAUUUUCACUAUAUCUCAGUUAUUACUAAAUGGAUUUGAUUCAAACUUAAAAUAGAUGUUCCACCUCAUCACCAACAUCAUGUGACAUAAGGUGCAUAACUCUGACACCAUUUUUUUAUGAAUUAUGCCCCUUUUUACUUAGAAUUUAAAGUUGAUUUUGAUGUAUUUUCACUUUAUCUCAGUUACUACUGAAUGGAUUUGAUUCAAACUUAAAAUAGAUGUUCCACCUCAUCACCCACAUCAUGUGCCCACAUCAUGUGGCACAAGGUGCAUAACUCUGACACCAAGUUUUCAUGAAUUAUGUCCCCUUUUACUUAGAAUUUAAGGUUAAUUUUGUUGUAUUUUCACUAUAUCUCAGUUAUUACUAAAUGGAUUUGAUUCAAACUUAAAAUAGUUGUUCCACCUCAUCACCCAGAUGAUGUGACAUAAGGUGCUUAACUCUGACAUAAAUUUUUUAUGAAUUAUGUCCCCUUUUACUUCAAAUUUAAAGUUGAUUUUGAUGUAUUUUCACUAUAUCUCAAUUAUUACAAAAUGGUUUUGAUUCAAACUUAAAAUAAAUGAUCCACCUCAUCACCCACAUCAUGUGACACAAGGUGCAUAACUCUGACACCAAUUUUUCAUGAAUUAUGCCCCUUUUUACUUAGAAUUUAAGGUUAAUUUAGAUGUAUUUUCACUAUAUCUCAAUUACUACUGAAUGGAUUUGAUUCAGACUUAAAAUAGAUGUUCCACCUCAUCACUCACAUCAUGUGACACAAGGUGCAUAACUCUGACACUAUUUUUCUUGAAUUGUGUCCCUUUUUACCUAGAAUUUAAGGUUAAUUUUGAUGUAUUUUCACUAUAUCUCAUUCUGAUUGGCUUAGAGCCAAAGGGAAGUAACCUUUUUUUAACCUUUGUACUGAGUUUUUUCCCCUUAAAUUCCAGGAAUUAGUCUAUUUUUAGAAAUCCUAUUUUUAGAUUUUCAAUAUUUUAGGUAUUUUUGUAACUUUUUUAUUAUAAGUCCUAUGUAAAAAGUAAAAACAUUUUUCCGUGGUAACAUGGGUCGGUAAGACACUUUUUUGUAUUCACUUUUAGUGUAUCUCUUAUAUUAGAGAUUUAAUAUAUUUACUAGUAUUAUACUAGUAUUACUUAUAUGUGGAAGCCCAGGAUGAAGUACUCCAAAGUAUUUUUAAGAUUCCUUAUGGUUGCCAUUCUUCUGUGACAAGACUGUAUGGUGGGGGUAAGAGUCACUCCUGUGACAGUUCUAGUUUCUAACUGAAGGACAGGCUAACAGUAUGAUUUUGUUCUUUCAGUCUCAUUUUAGCAUGCAUCAUCAGAUAUCUCCUGCCACUCACAAAAGUUUACAGAAGUGUUAUAAGGUUGACUUUGUUUCUGCUAAAUUAUUGCCUAUAUGUUACAGUGUACUGUGAAGGUUACCCGUGUGUUUCAGUGUUCUGUGAAGGUUACCUGUGUUUUACAGUAUACUGUGAAGGUUACCUAUAUGUUACAGUGUACUGUGAAGGUUACCUGUGUUACAGUGUACUGUGAAGGUUACCUGUGUUACAGUGUACUGUGAAGGUUACCUGUGUUACAGUGUACUGUGAAGGUUACCUAUAUGUUACAGUGUACUGUGAAGGUUACCUGUGUUACAGUGUACUGUGAAGGUUACCUGUGUUUUACAGUGUACUGUUAAGGUUACCUGUGUUACAGUGGACUGUGAAGCUGUGUUACAAUGUACUGUGAAGGCUACCUGUGUUUUACAGUGUACUGUGAAGGUUACCUGUGUUACAGUGUACUGUGAAGGUUACCUAUAUGUUACAGUGUACUGUGAAGGUUACCUAUAUGUUACAGUGUACUGUGAAGGUCACCUGUGUUACAGUGUACUGUUAAGGUUACCUGUGUUUUACAGUGUACUGUGAAGGUCACCUGUGUUACAGUGUACUGUGAAGGUUACCUGUGUUUUACAGUGUACUGUGAAGGUUACCUGUGUUACAGUGGACUGUGAAGCUGUGUUACAAUGUACUGUGAAGGCUACCUGUGUUUUACAGUGUACUGUGAAGGUUACCUGUGUUUUACAGUGUACUGUGAAGGUUACCUGUGUUUUACAGUGUACUGUGAAGGUUACCCAUGUGUUUUUCAGUGUACUGUGAAGCCGUGUAAAAGUGUACUUGUACGUUGGCAGCUACAUUGACAUGUUCUAAAUCUUAAAAUCUAGUACACAUGUAAGUUAGUUUGAACAGCUUUCUUUUUAGAAACAAUCCAACAUGUGAAAUAACAGAUCAAAAGGGGUAGUGUAAUUUUUCAAAAGCUACAAGGGUUCAUUAUCAUUAAAAAAUAAACAUGAUUUGUCAUAUUAGGUUGUGUAAUGUGAAAUAAACUGUAUGGUAUUGGUUUUUGAAACGGGCUUCCAUGUGAGGUGCCAUUAAAAUUGAACAGUUGAAAAAUGAUUUACCAUAAAAUCAUAAUGCAUUAUGUACAUUAUACAGUUGUCUCUGUUUUGACUAAUUUUAUCUACUGUCAUAUUUUUGGUGCAUUCCAGUACACAUUUUCUGUGGUUUUACUGUUGUAAAACAGAGUGAGUAUUGACAGGCAGAUACUGCACUCAAACCAAUACCCAGUUGGUUUAUUUAGAAAAAAAGAUAUUUUUAUAACUAUUUUAUAACAUAAAUAAUGUAUUAGUGGGUUUUUUUUUUUGUAAGAAAUAAUGAAAAGACACAUUUUGUUUUAUAUGUUUUUAUAAUUCAAAAAAGGUUGAUGAAAAUGUAGAUGAAUUUUGAUGUUUAUAUUGUCAAAAAUCAAGUGUGAAAUUACCUUUUUUGGUGUGAUUUAUUUAUUUUAUACUUCUCAAAAUGGCAUUGCUUUAAUUAUUUUAAAUCAUUUGUCAUAAAAUUGUUUAUUUUAUUAUGCAACAUUUCAUAAACAAUGAUAAAGUGGCAUCUCUGCCUAAAUGCUAUGAUAAGGGAAGUGUAUUUAUCAUAUAUGAGCCAUGUUUUCUAUCAUUGUCUGGUUAGUAAAGACUUUUAACUCCAAAUCUGAAAAUGAUUUAAAAUUUCUACAAUGCAUUGUUUUUAUUUAUCAUUAAAUUUUGGAAAUACUUCAUGGCAUUGGUAUAAAUGUUUGAGAAUGUAUGGUGGCAGAUUGUUCUGUGAUAAAUGUUGACUUUCUGAUAUGAUACAAGCAGUCUACUGUAUUUGACAGUGUUAUAGAUCUGUUUCAUGAAGUGCCAUUUGAACAAACAUGUUUUCCAUAAAUGCUGUUUUUGUAAGAAUAUUAUGUACUUACAUCAUAAACAAUUCAUAUGUUCAAAUUAUCUCAACCAUUUCCUGUCUUGUUUCAAAGGUUUAGUUUACUCUUGUUUGCAUAUUUGUAAAUCACUUUUUAAUGAUAUUUGUAGAUUUUUACAUAUCUUAUGCAUUCAUACUUUUAAGACAAUGAAUUUCAGUUUUCAUGUGAAACUAUUAAGUAACUUUUAUUGGCUGUAUUUGAUAUUUCAGGGCAGUUAUCUGCAGUGAUAUGAUACAUGGCUGUAUUUCAUAUUUCAAUGCACUUAUCUGCAGUGAUAUGAUUUCUGGUCAAUGAAAUUUCUCGUAUUACAUUUUGGUUUGUCAAAGAAAAGUCUGUGGAAAGUUUAGUUCAACUGUCUUAGAGGAAGUAUUUAGACCAAAGAUAAAUAGUUUUAGAUAACAAUAGAAAUAUGGUUUAUAUAUGUCCAUGAGACAAACCACAGGACUUGUCAAUAAACCAGUUCAUAGUCUUUUAUAGUAACAUCUGUUUGUACUGAAACAUUUAUCCUCACUUGUGUAAUAUGUCCUGAAUGUACUUGAUUUUAUCAUUUUUAUACUGUUGCUUUUUAUAGCCCAUCUGUGUUUUAUAGGAAUCUUAGUGUUGUGAAUUUUAUACUUUAGUUUUACACCAAGUUUUUAAUGUUUGUAACAGCAAUGUGUUGUGAUGUUAUUUUGUCUUGUUUAUUUGAGACCUAUGUGAAACCACCCCUCAUAUUUAUACAUCUGUUCUGACAGCGUUUCAACACACAUGUGUGGUUAUAUCACAUCAAAUACUUCAACUCAGAUGACUCCUGCAUAUUCUACUAGUUUAAAAAGUUAGAUAUGUUUGGACUUGCCAAGUGUGACAGCUAUUUAAAUCAUUCUGACACUAAAACUUAGAUAUCUAGGAAUCUUUCUUUUAAAUAUUAAAUCCCCAUGUGGUUCUGGGACGAUCUGUGUAUGAAAAGAAUUGGAACCACUGCCUUACCCUUUCAUUAUCGUAAGAGGCGACUUAUAGGGUCUUAACACUUGGUUUUGCAGUAACUCUGUGAUUCCAGCAGGUAUGCAAAUUUUGAUUCCAUACCUCAUAUUUCUAUUUCGAUGUAAAUGAGAUGUGGAACCAAAAUUUGUAGUCUUGUUUGGCGCCAUAUAAUCUAUACUGUGUUGGUGCGACGCAAAAUCCAAAUAAAUAAAAAAAUUCAAAUGUUGAAAUUUACGAACAAGUUUAUAUUCAAUGAUCUCUUGACAAUUAAGAAUAGCAACAUCAGUUUUAUACAAGUUCAAAAUUUAAGCAAGUAGUGAUAGAAUAUUGUCAUACUCUAAUUCAAAUAUGGAUUGUAAGCUAAUUUUAGAGUUGCUGAACCAGUAAAGCAAAAGAAAGUUUACAGAAGAGCACAGCUACUAUGUUACUGCCGGACAUGUAUGGGAACAUGAGUCAGUUUUACAGAAAAAACUGUCACAUAAUUAAUAUUAAAUGCAAACUUUUUUUAUGGGAACAGUAAAAUAAUAAAAGUUUGAACAAAGUGAUUUUAAGUGUCUAAGAAAUGUUAGUGAGCUGUCUCAGUCAUGUUAUUAAAUUGUACCGUGCUUGUAA